AUCGGCAGCGAACAUUGAAGAGACGCCGGGGGAAGAGCGAGGCCGCCAAUCCGAAGCGCGAUCUCGGUUCCUAUAUUGGGGAGGCAGGGAUAACGCCAAUUCGUUGGGGUGCGUCGUUUCAACUGAGGAGCGCUUUCUCCAGCUACGCCAAUAUAUACCCCUCCUCCUUUCUCUUCUACCCCCGCCCAGCGCCCUCUCGCCUCCCCCGCAUCCCGCCCCGCACUCGUCACCGGCUCAGUCCCUCUUGUGCCCAGCCCCACCACCCACAAACGCCUCCAAAAAACACUUGCUCGCUCCGCUUGCCCGACCACCCGCCUGCACACCAUGACUGUCAUGACCGUCGCUGCCACCAUGCCCUCCCCGUUCAACCCGACCGUGUCCCGCCCGCGCGUGUCGUCACCGCUCGCCGCAUCCGCCCAGCCACGGCCCGUGCCCUCCCGACAGCACUCCUUCCCUACGUCCCGCCCACUGCGCCCCUUCCCCUCUAUCGCGGGCUCCACGUCCAAGUCAGCAGCAAGGAAACCGGUCAAGAUGAUCGAGCCCCCUGCAAACUUCAAGAGCGCGUUCGUCCUCAACCUCACGCAGGCAGAGCUCAGCAGGCAGGACUAGGCUCGCCCUCCCCUCCGCCCCGCCCGCCUGCCCCCCUUCCGCUCCCUUCCUUUCCUCUCAUCGAUCUGUGGGGUCCCCGGUUUCUCCUUUGAAGGAUGUAUAGAGCAGUCUCUCCCCAUCGCGCACAGCCGUGACCUGUCCAUACCCGGGGCUUCGUGUGCCCUGCUGCAUUAUUACCACCGACCGCCCCGGGACCGUCCCCCAAGACCCCCGCCGCGGGCUUCGAUAGACACGAACUUGUAGAGUAGACCGCCUCGGUUUCACGCCUCCCCUUUAGGCCCCCGACGUCCUGAUCCCCUCCCCUGCAUCCCCAUUGCCCCCACCUGCACACCUGCUCUGGCGGUGCGCGGUGCGUUCUAGGGCGCCGUCGGCCCAUUACCUUAUUCACAGUACAUUCUCCUACCGGGUCCUUAAUCGUCGCACUUAGGCUUUGAUGUGUUGUUGUAACACGCCAAUCCAGCCCAGCCUCCGUUUCCAC